UCGUAUUUGCCUACUAAAACCCUGCGGUGGUUUACUGUUUACCAUUGUCGUUCUGAACAUUCUGCAAGCAAGUGAAAAGGCACGGCAACCUAGAGAGAGAGAUGGGAACAUCGGUGCAGGUGAAGCCACUGUGUGGAGUAUACAAUGAGAAUCCGCUCUCAUACUUGGUCUCCAUCGACGGCUUCAACUUCCUUAUCGAUUGUGGAUGGAACGAUCACUUCGAUCCUUCUCUGCUCCAACCCCUCUCCAGGGUGGCUUCAACGGUGGAUGCUAUCUUGCUAUCGCAUCCGGAUACACUUCAUCUUGGAGCUUUACCAUAUGCCAUGAAGCAAUUUGGACUCUGUGCUCCUGUUUAUGCAACAGAACCUGUGUAUAGAUUGGGCCUACUGACUAUGUAUGACCACUAUCUCUCACGCAAGCAAGUAUCAGAGUUUGAUUUGUUCACAUUGGACGAUAUUGAUUCUGCCUUCCAGAAUGUGACAAGAUUAACGUACUCUCAGAAUUAUCAUAUGUCUGGGAAGGGAGAAGGCAUUGUUAUUGCUCCUCACGUAGCUGGUCAUCUAUUAGGAGGUACAGUUUGGAAGAUUACAAAAGAUGGUGAAGAUGUUAUUUAUGCUGUUGACUUUAACCAUCGAAAGGAAAGGCAUUUGAAUGGAACUGUUUUAGAAUCUUUUGUGCGGCCUGCUGUUCUAAUAACAGAUGCCUAUAAUGCUUUAAAUAAUCAGCCUUCUAGACGUCAAAGGGACCAGGAAUUUUUAGAUGCCAUACUGAAGACUCUGCGAGUGGAUGGAAAUGUAUUGCUGCCCGUGGAUACUGCCGGUCGUGUGUUGGAGCUUCUCUUAAUACUGGAGCAGUACUGGGCACAGAAUCAUUUGACCUAUCCUAUCUUCUUUCUCACGUAUGUUGGGUCGAGCACAAUUGAUUAUGUCAAGAGUUUCCUUGAGUGGAUGAGUGAUUCAAUAGCAAAGUCAUUUGAGCACACUCGUGAUAAUGCUUUUCUUUUGAAGCAUGUCACUCUUUUGGUCAGCAAAGGCGAGCUUGAAAAAGUUCCAGAUGGCCCAAAGAUUGUUCUAGCGUCUAUGGCAAGUUUAGAAGCAGGCUUUUCACAUGACAUCUUUGUUGAAUGGGCUUCUGAUGCGAAGAAUCUUGUGCUGUUUACAGAAAGAGGCCAGUUUGCCACACUAGCACGCAUGCUUCAGUCAGAUCCGCCUCCCAAAGCUGUUAAAGUUACCAUGUCCAAGAGGAUUCCCUUGGUUGGAGAUGAGUUAGCUGCUUAUGAAGAAGAGCAAAACCGAAUAAAAAAGGAGGAAGCUCUCAAAGCUACUCUUAUCAAAGAGGAGGAGUUGAAGGCAUCUCUUGGAGCUGAGCUUCCUAUUGGUGAUCCAAUGGUCAUUGAUGUUAGCAAUGCCAACGUUUCAUCAGAUGUUGCUGGCCGGCAUGGUGGUUCUUACCGGGACAUAUUAAUUGAUGGAUUUGUUCCUCCUUUGUCUAGUGUUGCCCCAAUGUUCCCCUUUUUUGAAAAUUCCUCCGAAUGGGAUGAUUUUGGUGAAGUCAUCAAUCCAGACGAUUAUGUGAUCAAGGAAGAAGACAUGGAUCAGACAUCCACGCGCGUUGAUGGAGAUCCUGAUGGCAAACUUGAUGAAGGCUCUGCUAGUUUGAUACUUGAUGAAACUCCAUCCAAAGUUGUAUCUUCAGAACUAACCGUCCACGUCAAGUGUUCGUUGGUUUUCAUGGAUUUUGAGGGCCGUUCUGAUGGCCGCUCAAUCAAAUCAAUUCUUGCCCAUGUUUCGCCCCUCAAGCUUGUCUUGGUGCAUGGAUCAGCGGAGGCCACUGAGCAUUUGAAGCAACACUGUUCGAAACAUGUUUGCCCUCAUGUCUAUGCUCCCCAAAUUGAAGAAAUGAUUGAUGUCACUUCAGAUUUGUGUGCUUAUAAGGUGCAACUUUCUGAAAAGCUGAUGAGUAAUGUGCUCUUUAAGAAGCUUGGAGAUUAUGAAAUAGCCUGGGUUGAUGCUGAAGUGGGGAAGACAGAAAGUGGGAUGAUGUCUUUACUUCCUCUUUCAACUCCUGCUCCACCACACAAAUCGGUACUUGUCGGGGAUAUAAAAAUGGCAGAUUUCAAGCAGUUUCUUGCGAGCAAGGGUGUCCAAGUAGAAUUUUCUGGCGGGGCCUUGCGAUGUGGGGAGUACGUAACUCUGCGGAAGGUUGGAGAUGCAAGCCAGAAGGGUGGUGCUGCUGCUAUCCAGCAAAUCGUUAUUGAAGGCCCUCUAUCUGAAGAAUACUAUAGAAUACGGGAUUAUCUCUAUUCACAGUUCUAUUCACUCUAAACUAAGAAGAUUAAAAACCUUGUUACUUCUUUGUUGAGGCCCUGUGUUAACCUCAAUGUACAUUAUAGAGGAGAAGCUCUAAUUGCCGCAGCCUGAUUGUAUUAGCUUUUAUUCUCUGUAAUCUGUAUCAUCUUGAGACCCAAUCUUUACACCGUCUAUUUUAUUUUUAUUUUUAAAUGAAUAGCUCAUGAUGAGUUUUGAAC